AUGGUGGCCCAACUGCUAGGGCUGGUUUUUCUACUCCUGCUUCACUCUGUAAGCUCACAGAGCAUUAAUGGCGAGGUGGUGUACCGUGACAACACUAUGUACGGCGUGGUGAACAAAGCCGUCAUCCUGGAGUGCGGUAGCACCAUACCUGACAUGUACAUAUGGAGCUUCACCAGGCCCGGCACUGAAGCCAUCAAGGCGGUGGUGUACGACUUGGGCCAAGGUCCCAAGAUCCAAAAGCUGGCCCAGGCUCUCGGGGAGCUAACGGUCAUCUCCAAAAGUGCCGACGUCAGCAUCGACAAGCUGCCCGUGGCGGCGCAGGGCCUCUACACCUGCCAGGCGUUCUAUGACCUAGAAAGCGAGCCCAAGGUGUACUACUACUACGUGCAUCUUGCCGUCAGAAUUCCAGUCACAAAGCCGCACCUCCUGGCGAGCGACGUGUCUCCGGUGGAAGGUACGACAAUAUGGCUGCGAUGUAAUCUGGACAACGGGACGGGGCCCAUCCAGUACGUGUGGCAACAAGAAAGCCACCAAGGAAACGUCUCAGCGUUUGCUCAGGGCAACACCAGCGUGGUCAACGUGACGGCGGUGAACCGCAACCACACCGGAUGGUACCGAUGUAUGGCCAGCAACGCCGUCAACAGUGAGCGCUCGGAUCGGAUAUGGCUGGAUAUUAUCUUUGGCCCGGAUAUCCCCCAGAUUGAGGUGACGCCGUACACGCUGACGGAGCGAGGCUACUCGGCCCUGGAGAGAGAGACAGUGUCCCUGCAGUGUCAAGCUCAGUCCAACCCUCCCAGUCAGUACGUGUGGUUCUACAACAACUCUCAGGUGUACAGCGGGCCGCAGUUCACCAUCACCAAGGUCCUCCGGAUGCACACGGGCGACUACGCCUGCCUGGCGCAGAACACCUACCUCAACACGCGCUCCAAAAAGACCAUCAGCCUGACUGUCUACUAUCCACCAGAUGCUUCCCCUUCCUGCUCCAUGGAGCCAGCCCUGAAUCACACCUCCCUGAGACUGCGCUGCUCCUGGACGGGCGGCUUACCGUCCGCCUCCGUUUAUUGGGCUGAACACUUGAGACGUGCAGGGCAAGACGAGGUCGACAAGGGGCACACCAGCGGCAUCUUGCUGCCGUCCGAAGAACUGGCUUCAAACAGCAGCUUGUUUACGUGCACGGGCUCCCACCCUGCACUCAAACAACCAGUGGAGUGCAGCACACGUGCACAUCUACCAGCUUCAGAACCGGUGUGUUUAGCCUACGUGACAACCAACAGGCAGUAUCUCAUGUUGUCGUGCUCUUGGGAUGGAGGGGCCCCCAACGCUCUGGUGUGGUGGGAAGGCCCAAGUGGUCAUGGCAAACCUGGGGAAGAGAACUCCAACGUCCUGAUCCUUCGCUACGGAACAGCUCAAAGCGGGGAACCUUACACCUGUCACGCUAAACAUCCGCUUCUGGUCCAAACUAAGACCUGCAGGCUCACACUGGAGGCUCCUGUGUUGCUAACGCAGCGCAGCGUUGUGUCCGUGUACGAGGGGGCCGACGUGCAGCUCUCCUGCAGCCUGAGGGCCAACUACCUGCCCACAAGUGACAUAACUUGGUUCAACAAUCACGGUUUGGACGUUCAGGACACGUCCAAGUAUAUGCUGUUACGAACAUCAGCGUGGGCUAACCUGACCGUGCGAGACACGGAUCACACUAGAGACAGCGGCGAGUACAGGUGCUCCUCCUCCAACGCUGUGGGAGGUGCUGACAUCAACAUCACAUUGGUGGUCAAGAAGCACCCCAUGCCACCCAACGCCACCCUACUCAGGGUGACGUACAUCAGCCGGCAGCUCAACGAGGUGGAGCUGGAGUGGAAGAUGGAGGGCGAAGCCCGACAAGGCUGGACCGGAUUCAUUGUGCAGCACAAGUGGAUGAACGAACACCCGGGGAGGAGAACAAGUGGAAACGAUUCAAAGCAAGAGAAGAUCGGUGCCUCGGUUUGGCACCAUAGUAUUAUCCAUGACCCUGAUGUCAGGAUUCAAACAGUAGGGAUGUUGACACCCACAGCUAAAUACCAGUUCCGGGUCACACCUUUCAACCACAGAACCAUGGGGCACCCCUCUGCUGCAAUAACGCCAGCCGAGCCGCGCUCCACUAACUACCCUGCUGUGAUCGGCGCAGCAGUGGGGGGGAUGCUCUUUGCAGCCAUCGUCACAGUGCUGCUGCUUGUCUACAUAAUCCGCAACCGCAACAACAACCCUCGACUACAUGACAUGCUGUUUGGCUUGCAACACAGUCAGUCCAGGGAGAACAUCAACUUCCCAGAGGAUGAGGUGGUCCACGGAACGGAAGGGCAAAUAGGAAGCUCGUCUAGCCCAGGUCCAACACUGGCUUUACCCAGGGCGUCUUCCCCCUUGACCACCUCCCCCACUGCCGGACAAGCCCCUCCCACAGGAGACAACGAACCCGUCAAUGUCACCAUCACCGUCAAUGCGACCGGCUCCUAAAUGCAUGGAACUACUGGCCAGAUCGUCCAGUCGUUUCCAAACAUUGCAACAUUUCAAGUUUCCUAAUUCACUUACCGCAAAUUGUCUGGCAUAUAAACAUCUUUCUGUUUUGUUUUAAAUCAUUUAUUUCACAUU